GGCUCGCUGCCGGCAGCGCUCCCCGCAGCCAGCCCUGCCGCCCGGCCCGGCAUGUGAGCGGCGCGCUCCUGCUGCUCUCCCCCGGCUCUCACGGCAGCAGCAGCCGCGGCCGUCUCCCCCCUCGGCUGGGCCCGGCCCAUACAGCCCCGAGCGCAGGCCCCGCGGCCCCCCCGGCCCCGCCGCCGCCAUGGCGCUGAAGAUGGUGAAGGGCAGCAUCGACCGCAUGUUCGACAAGAACCUGCAGGACCUGGUGCGCGGGAUCCGCAACCACAAGGAGGACGAGGCAAAAUACAUCUCCCAGUGCAUCGAUGAGAUCAAGCAGGAGCUGAAGCAGGACAACAUCGCGGUGAAGGCCAAUGCAGUCUGCAAGCUCACCUACUUACAGAUGCUGGGCUACGACAUCAGCUGGGCUGCUUUCAACAUCAUCGAAGUCAUGAGUGCCUCCAAGUUCACCUUCAAAAGAAUUGGCUACCUGGCUGCCUCUCAGUGCUUUCAUGAAGGAACUGAUGUCAUUAUGCUGACUACUAACCAGAUCAGAAAGGAUCUGAGUAGCCCUAACCAGUAUGAUACUGGAGUUGCACUGACUGGCUUGUCCUGUUUUGUUACUCCAGAUCUUGCCAGGGACUUGGCAAAUGACAUCAUGACCUUGAUGUCCCACACCAAGCCCUACAUCAGGAAGAAGGCAGUGCUCAUCAUGUACAAGGUCUUUCUGAAGUACCCAGAGUCCCUCCGGCCUGCGUUCCCCCGCCUGAAGGAGAAGCUGGAAGACCCAGACCCUGGUGUCCAGUCUGCUGCAGUCAAUGUCAUCUGCGAGCUGGCUCGACGCAACCCCAAGAACUACCUGUCCCUUGCUCCCCUCUUCUUCAAGCUGAUGACUUCAUCAACCAACAAUUGGGUUCUCAUUAAAAUCAUCAAACUGUUUGGUGCUCUUACUCCAUUAGAACCUAGACUGGGGAAGAAGCUGAUAGAGCCUCUGACCAACCUCAUCCAUAGCACCUCAGCCAUGUCCCUCUUGUAUGAAUGUGUGAACACAGUCAUAGCAGUGUUGAUCUCUCUGUCCUCUGGGAUGCCGAACCACAGUGCCAGCAUCCAGCUUUGUGUUCAGAAGUUGAGGAUCCUGAUAGAAGAUUCAGACCAGAACUUGAAGUACCUGGGGCUGUUGGCUAUGUCCAAGAUCCUGAAGACCCAUCCCAAGUCGGUGCAGUCUCACAAGGAUCUCAUCCUGCAGUGCCUGGAUGACAAAGAUGAAUCCAUCCGGCUCAGAGCUUUGGACCUGCUCUAUGGCAUGGUAUCAAAGAAGAACCUGAUGGAGAUAGUGAAGAAACUGAUGAUCCACGUGGACAAAGCCGAGGGCACCACCUACCGCGACGAGCUGCUGACCAAGAUCAUAGACAUCUGCAGCCAGUCCAACUACCAGUACAUCACCAACUUUGAGUGGUACAUCAGCAUCUUGGUGGAGCUGACCCGCCUGGAGGGGACGCGGCACGGGCACCUGAUAGCAGCUCAGAUGUUGGAUGUGGCCAUCAGGGUCAAAGCCAUCCGUAGAUUUGCAGUCUCCCAGAUGGCCAUGCUGCUGGACAAUGCUCACCUCCUAGCCAGCAACACCCAGAGGAAUGGCAUCUGUGAGGUGCUCUAUGCUGCUGCCUGGAUCUGUGGGGAGUUCUCCGAACACCUGGAAGAAGCAAACCAAACCUUAGAAGCAAUGUUGAGGCCUAAAGUGACAACUCUGCCAGGCCACAUCCAGGCAGUCUACGUGCAGAACAUGGUGAAGCUCUAUGCCUCCAUCCUGCAGCAGAAGGAGCAGGCAGGGGAGAAGGAAGCAGCUCAGGAGAUCACCCAGCUGAUGAUCGAGCGAUUGCCUCAGUUUGUGCAGAGUGCAGAUCUGGAAGUUCAGGAGAGGGCUUCUUGCAUCUUGCAACUGAUCAAAUACAUUCAGAAGCUACAAAUCAAAGAAGUCCCUGUGGCUGAGGAAGUCACAGCUCUGUUUGCUGGUGAGCUCAACCCUGUGGCUCCUAAGGCACAGAAGAAAGUCCCAGUUCCAGAGGGCUUGGACCUCGAUGCCUGGAUCAAUGAACCUCCUUCUGACAGUGAGUCUGAGGAGGAGAAGCCCAAAACCAUUUUCCAUGAUGAAGAACAGAGGCACUCCAGGCACAGGCAGCCAGAGAUAGAUGAAGAGGAGCUGGCCAGAAGGCGAGAAGCCAGGAAACAGGAGCAGGCCAACAACCCUUUUUACAUCAAAAGUUCUCCUUCCCCACAGAAGCGGUACCAGGACACUCCAGGUGUGGAACACAUCCCUGUGGUCCAGAUCGACCUCUCUGUCCCCUUAAAAGUCCCAGGAAUGCCCAUGUCUGACCAGUAUGUGAAGCUGGAAGAGGAAAGGAGGCAUAAACAGAAACUGGAGAAAGACAAGAAGAAGAAGAAGCAGAAGAAGGAGAAGAGAGGCAAACACCACAGGCACAACUCCCUGCACACGGAGAGCGAGGAGGACAUCGCCCCCGCGCACCGCGUCGACAUCAUCACCGAGGAGAUGCCAGAGAAUGCUUUGCCCAGUGAUGAAGAUGACAAAGAUCCCAAUGAUCCCUACAAGGCAUUGGAUAUAGACCUGGAUAAUCUGGUUUCAGGGAAGCCUUCCAGACCCUUAGCAGACAGUGAGAAGCUGCCGGUGCAGAGACACAGAAACGUCGAGGCCCUGAAGUCGCCGGACUCAGAGGCUCCUCUAGUGGAGAAGAAGAGCAAGAAACCCAAAAAGAAGGAGAAGAAACACAAAGAGAAAGAGAGGGAAAAAGACAAAGGAAAGAAGAAAGAGAAAAAGGUGGUGGAGGAAGAAGAGGAGGAGAAAAAGGGAGAAGAUUUGGAUUUCUGGCUCUCCACUGCUCCACCUCCUGCUUCCACUCCCCAGCCACAGGGGGAGCCUGAGACAAGUGCUGCAUUGGUGGCUGAGCCUCAAGAGGUGAAAAAGGAAGAAAGGGAGGAGCAAGAGGAGGAGGAGGAGGAUGAAGGAAAGAAAUCCUCCAAGCAUAAGAAGAAAAAGCACAAGAAAGAGAAAGAAGAGAAAUCAAAGGACAAAAAGAAAGCCAAGAAGAAAAGUCAGCACAGCGAGGAGGAGGAGGCGACGGAGUCGGUGCAGAACGGAACGCUAGAGGAUGAGCCACUGCCACCCAUGUCCAGUUACCGCCUGCUGGCCGAGAACCCUUACAUCAAAAUGACCUAUGACAUCCAAGGCAACCUGCAGCAGGACAGCCAGGUGACUGUCUCUGUCAUCUUUGAGAACAAGAGCAGCAGCUUCCUCAAGAGCAUGGAGCUGAACGUCCUGGACUCUCUCAACACUAAAAUGCUCAGACCAGAAGGAUCAUCAGUCCACGAUGGGAUACCUGUGCCCUUCCAGCUGCCCCCUGGAAUCUCUAACGAAGCCCAGUUUGUGUUUACACUGCAGAGCAUUGUGAUGGCUCAGAAGUUAAAAGGAACCCUCUCCUUUAUAGUCAAAAAUGAUGAAGGUUCAACCCACGACAAACUUGAUUUCAAACUGCACUUCAGUUGUGCUUCAUACUUGAUCACCACCCCCUGCUAUAGUGAUGCUUUUGCCAAGCUCCUGGAGUCUGGAGAUCUGCACAUGAGCUCCAUCAAAGUCGAUGGGAUUAGCAUUUCUUUCCAACACCUGCUGGCAAAGAUCUGUUUUCAUCAUCAUUUUUCAGUGGUGGAGCGCGUCGACUCCUGCGCCUCCAUGUACAGCCGCUCCAUCCAGGGCCACCACGUCUGCCUGCUGGUCAAAAAGGGAGACAACUCCAUAUCCAUAGAUGGGAAGUGCAACGAUUCCACUCUGCUUAGCAACUUGUUGGAUGAGAUGAAAGAGACAUUGUCCAAGUGCUGAAUGUUCCUUCUCCACUCUUCCAACCCCACACCUGAGAUGUAAAGAUGAGCAGACCCAAGUGUUAAGUUUCUCCCUGGUCUGCAUGUUCUCCCCUGGGGCACCUCCUGCUUUUCAGUUCCCCCUCCUCCACCACCACUCUCUGCCCUUUUAGAACCAUUCUAAGGUUGGAUGUUCCUCUUUUGCUUUCCAAUUUCUUUUCUCUUCCUUGAUUUCAAACCUUUUUACCACCUGUGCUGUUUUCUAGCCCAAAGAGAUCCUGCUGAUGUGACUGGAGGGGAAGGGAAGGGAAGGGAAGAGUGGGAGCUCAUCACCCUUCACCACCUGCAGGGGUCUGGGGGGACUGGUGGUGGAUGAAGCAGAAAUCUCAGCACCAGUUUAGCACAGAGCUUGUGCUUGCUGCCAGGGAAGGUUGAUGUGAUCCAUAGCCAUGGGAUUAUGUCUUCAGGGCUGCUGUAGGUGAUGUAUAUUUCUAGCAGAGGCUGGUGCUGGACCUAAAAAGGCCUCUUGGAGUUAUUGGUUUUUGGGGUUGUUUGGGGUUUUUUUUUAUUAUAUAUAUAUAUAUAUAUGAUUUAUUAUUAUUCUUCUUCUCAAGAUCUCUUGUGAUCAGCAUAUAAACAUCCUCCCCCUGUCCUCCAGCUGAUCCCAGUGAGCACUGGGAUCUUGUGAGUUUGUCUGUAGUAGGUUUUUUUUUGCCUUCAGCCUUAACCUGCUUCUAGCCACAGCUGAAAGAAUCCAGAGGGGAACUCAAGGGACAGGCUGCAAGUGUGGUGCUGGUUGGUUCUCUGCUCCUCUUGACCACCCCUGGUAGGCCUCUCCCCUACCAGCAGUCCCUUUCUGAGAGGUUUUUUUAUUGAGUCCACUUCAAUUUCACAUUCCUGAGAGGUUAGCAACUGGAAAUCCCAAGGGGAUCUGUUCCUGCUCUUGGACCGUUUGGCUCACCAGAGGAGGUUCACUGCUACCAGGUUAGCACCCAGCUGUGGCAUCCCCCUGUGCUCCCAGCAGCUGCAGGAACAGCCCUGAGCCCUCCCUCUGUGCAGUGAAGUCAGAGAUGUUGUGCUCCUGUCCCCAUAGUGGCCCCUGGACCUGCCCUGGCAGCAGUGGUGCAGAUUCAGCAGCAGAGGUGUAGCCAGGUCCCUGCAGCAGGGCUCUCCUCUCCUGGCUGGCAGGAUGAGGAGCUGCUGUGGGCUCCUCUCUGCAGCAGGUUCCUUCAGAGGGGAGAGAGAGAGAGAAGGCUCACCCUGCCCUGUGGAGUCCCUGGGUGGAGUGGGGAUGUCACCAACUCCUUCACAGAGCUGCUCCAUGGAUGUUCUCCUCCAGAGUAUCUUGCUUUCCAUUCUGUAUUUAUUUCUCCCCCUCCCACUUCUUUUCCUUGCUGUUAAGGACUCAACCUGAACAGUUUUGCCUCAAGGCACAGGUCAGGAGCUGCAGGUUGCCCUUCCCAGAAGGGUCCCCCAGGGAGGGGUUGGGUUGAUCUCUACCUCUCCAGCACUGCCACCAACCACUCCAGCUAUCAGCAACUGAACAGGGAACAGGCUGAAGCCUUCAUCUUCCCCUUCAGGUGGGGGUCUUUGUCCUCUAAGCUCUUCACUCCCUCCCCAUGUGAAGGUCUCUCUGGGCCAGCUUCAUGUUCUGAGGCUGCUGACAUGCUGCAGGGGUUGAUUUGCUGGUGAAUGGAGUAAGGAUUUGGCAUUGAUCAACCUCCUCUUGGUUAGCUGCUUUGUGGAUGAGACACUGAAGCUACUCAAAUUGUCUUUCAAGGGUUCUGGUCCUCAGUUAGUGGUUUGGGGGUUGUUUUUUUUGGUUCUUUCAUGGAUGAAAAGUGUCACUUUAGCAUGUAGAGUCCUCCUCUUCCAGAACCCUGUGCUUUGGAAGCUGUCUGCUGUGUUACAGUCACAGAUUUAUUUGCUGUCAACAUUCCCUUGAAGACAGAAGGAAGGAAGGAAACAAAACCAACCUCCCACAAGCUGCUGUAAUGAUUUUUGUGUCAAGAUGAUCCAAUAAACUUUCAAAACAGAGGUCAAAA